AUGAUAACACGCAAUAUGACAUCGAAAUUGGAAGUGUGUGCUAUCGUGUGUGCACGGUUUCUCGGUUCAAACUACCGCAUUUCCUCCUUUUUACAUAACAUUGUGUGUCCAUAGAAUUAGGAAGCAGAAAAUGUUCCAAAAAACGCGUUUGAUUCUUCAAAAUUUGUCUAAUUACCAACGACUUCGUCCUAAAUGCCGAAUGCUUCACAUAUCCGAGGCGAAUGUUCUGCCCACCGAAAUUAAUCGACAAUCUGCCGAGUACAAGGAAAAUCACUCACAGAUGAGUGAACUGGUCAAUGAACUGAAAUCGGUCACAGAGAAGGUGCUGAGCGGGGGUGGGCCGGAAGCAGUCAAACGGCACACAAGCAAAGGUAAACUUUUGGUAAGGGACCGUAUCAACAGGUUGAUCGAUCCAGGUUCGCCGUUUCUGGAACUGAGCACCUUAGCUGGCAACGGCAUGUAUGGGAAAGAUGUGGUAAACGCGGGCGGAAUUAUUACGGGAGUUGGUCGAGUGCAUGGUGUGGAUUGUGUCAUUGUAGGUAACGAUGCUACCGUGAAAGCAGGUAGUUACUACCCAAUAACGGUGAAGAAACACUUGCGCGCUCAGGAAAUCGCACAAGAGAACAAUCUGCCGUGCAUUUACUUGGUUGACUCUGGCGGUGCUAAUUUGCCCCGCCAAGCUGAAGUUUUUCCAGAUAAAGAUCAUUUCGGUAGAAUUUUCUACAAUCAAGCGAACAUGUCAGCCCUUGGAAUUCCGCAGAUUGCGGUCGUCAUGGGUUCGUGCACUGCCGGGGGAGCGUACGUUCCAGCGAUGGCUGAUGAGAGCGUAAUUGUGAAAAAACAAGGUACAAUUUUUCUGGCUGGACCUCCGCUUGUUAAAGCGGCUACCGGGGAAAUUGUGUCCGCUGAAGAUUUAGGUGGAGCUGAUUUACACUGUCGCACGUCUGGUGUUACAGAUCAUUACGCUGUUGACGAUGAGCAUGCCCUGUACUUGGCCAGACAAGUAGUGCAAAAUCUGAAUCGCCCAAGCGAGUACGAUGAAAAGGCGGGUUAUAGCACCAAAACGAUGAUGAACCAUGAUGAAUUGAGUUUUACACCGGAGCCUGAGUCGCCCCGAUAUGACAUCGAGGAACUGUACGGAAUCGUUGGGUCCAAUGUGACGAAAUCAUUUGACGUACGCGAGGUGAUAGCACGGAUUUUCGACGGCAGUAGGUUUACUGAGUUCAAGAAAUUCUACGGGGAAACGAUUGUCUGUGGAUACGCCCGAUUAUAUGGCCAUCUCGUAGGUGUGGUCGGCAACAAUGGUGUUCUGUUUUCCGAAAGCGCUCUCAAAGGAGCUCACUUCAUUCAGUUAUGCGCGCAAAAGAAAAUACCCCUUAUUUUCCUACAAAAUAUAACCGGGUUCAUGGUUGGUCGUGAUGCCGAAGCUGGUGGAAUUGCGAAAAAUGGGGCCAAAAUGGUAACGGCGGUAGCGUGUGCAAACGUGCCUAAACUGACCUUGCUCAUUGGUGGUUCAUAUGGAGCAGGCAACUACGGAAUGUGUGGUCGAGCGUAUUCACCUCGGUUCCUGUACAUGUGGCCAAACAGUCGUAUUUCAGUGAUGGGGGGGUCGCAGGCUGCUGGUGUUCUUGCCCAGAUUACCGAAGAGCAAUACAGACGUUCGGGAAAACAGUGGACAGAAGAGAUUGGAAACACAAUCAAAGCUCCCAUCAUUCAGCAAUUCGAAGCGGAGGGAUCACCGUAUUACAGCACCGCUCGGCUUUGGGAUGAUGGAAUUAUUGAUCCCGUCGAUACGCGAAAGGUUCUAGGCUUGAGCUUGCAGGCCGCGCUGAAUAAGCCGAUUGGGGAUAGCAAAUUUGGCAUUUUUAGAAUGUAAUCUGCAAUUCAUUUGAGAUAGCGUGUCUUCCACACUGAACGGAUACUAAAGUGCAUUUAUUAAUUGCUAAGAUAUUUUUGAACCUUUUUAUUCCUUAGUCUCAGAGAGAUUGUGCCUUUUGAAGGAAGUUGUGACUAUUUACAUACCAGACGACGCAUUUAAUGCUUAUUUGUAAGGUUUUAUGAUUAAUGGAAAUAAAGUUUCAAAUGGAUGUGGGUUACUAUUAUUCCAUGUCGCCAGAGGAGGGAAUUUUCAGUACGAG